AUGGCACAGUUAUCAGCCCUUCAAACGCUAUAUCGUUCCGUAACAGAUGAGACUCCAUCUGUUGAUUGUAUCAAGACCGCCCUCCUGACCCUUUCCGCCCCUCAGCGAACUCUGUUGAAUGAAGUCUGCAAGUUGUUUCAGCUUCUGAUAAUCCUCCCAGCAACAAAUGCCAUCUCUGAGAGAUCAUUCAAUCAGUGUUCUACGACGUAUAAAGGAACAAUGACAAUGUCUCAGGAACGGCUUAAUCAUCUCAAGAUUCCGCACUACCACCAGGACAUCACUGACAGUCUUGAUCCGAAUCGAAGUCUAUUGCCAAUGACCAUAUAA